GUAGCUGUAGCACAAUGAUCGCAAGACUGGUUGCAAUGAUUGUUAUCAGCAUGGCACCUCUUAUUCAUACUCUUGAGGCUUCCCACCAGAUCUCCUUAACUCUGGUAGACGUUGGUGAUAAUGUUACAUUUGACUGCAAUACCUCUGACCUUAAAGACAUUAAAUUUGUUUACUGGUACAAACAGUCUCUUGGAUAUAUGGUUGAAUCAGUGGCUAGUGUAGUUGUUGGUAAAACAAGAGUAAGUGAAAAAUUUAAAGGCUCUCGCUUUGCAGUGAGAGUGGAGGGGUCUCGUUAUAUUCUUACAAUCUCUGAUGUCAGGAAAGAGGAUGAAGCAACAUAUUUAUGCCACACUGGAACAACAUAUUCACAGAAGUUCAUCUAUGAAACAUUCUUAGCUGUGACAGAUCAUAAACAUCAGAAGUCUCUCUACUUGGAACAAAAUCCAGAUACUGAAUUAGUUCAGCAGGAAGAGACUGUAAUUGUUCAGUGUUCACUUCUCUCCAAGGACAAAGGAAAAGUCAUUUGCCGAACUAAACCCAGUGUGUUCUGGUUCAGAGAUGAAUCAGAACGAUUCCAUCCAGGCAUCAUUUAUACUCAGAGGAACAUCAGCGAUGAAGAUUUGGAAAGAAGCUGUUCCUACAGUUUAUAUGUCCGAGACUCAUCUGAUGCUGAAAUCUACUACAGCGCUUUGGGCACAUGUGAAUCCAUCUUGCUUCAUGAAGGAACCAAAGUGAAAACAGCCCUCUAUUAA